AUGACGACCACUGCCACCCAGCCAACGCCAGCGCACCAGCUGCACUCUGCGCCCAUCAACUCCUCCUCGCUUGACACCAGCAUCAAGAACAAGGGAUUUGCCGUCCCUCGCGGCCCCGUCACCACUGAGCUCAAUUUCUUCAACCCUCCUUCCGAUGGCUCUGCCCCAUACAACUUCGUCGAGAAGCAGCCCGAAGGCGUGCCUCAAAGCAACUUCGGCGCCACGCCACACGACGUAACCAUCCAGGAUGCCCGCGGCCGGGAGCAAGAUUUUGAUCUCGACAAGAACUCCUUCGCCUUCAUCCAGGGCGUCGAGUCGGAAGAGAAGGACUUCGUCGACGACGACUCCAUCAAGCAAAAGUACUACCCGGAGGUCGAGAAGAUCAUUCUCGACAACGUGCCCGGUGCGAACCGCGUCCUCAUCUUCGACCACACCAUCCGCCGUGCGGGGCCCAACGCCAACCGCGCUCCCGUCACGCGCACGCACAUCGACCAGACGCCCGUCUCGGCCAAGAUGCGCGUCGAGUACCACCUGCCGGACGAGGCCGAGAAGCUGGUCCAGGGGCGCUAUCGCAUCAUCAACGUGUGGCGGCCGCUGAACGGGCCCGUCGUCGCCCACCCGCUGGCCUUCGCCGACGGCAGCACCUUCCGCGACGAGGACCUCGUGCCUGUCGAGCACCGCUACCCGCACCGCACCGGCUACACCGCCGCCAUCAAGUACAACCCCGACCAGCAGUGGUAUUACCUGUCCGGCAUGCGCAACGACGAGCGCCUGCUGCUCAAGUGUUCUGACAGCUUCCGCGCCGACGGCCGUGUUCCCCACACUGCCUUUGUCGACCCUAGGACCCCCGAGGGUGCCCCCGGCAGGGAGAGCAUCGAGGUGAGGGCUUUGGUUUUCGGCUGA